GGGACAAUGGGAAUAGGUCUGAGGACCCUGGGAGUGGGUGGGGGGCCACACUGGGAAUGGGUUGUGAGGGCACUGGGAAUGGGAGGACAUAUGGGGACACCACUCAUCUCUCUUCCUAUGGAUCUGGGACACAGUCCUAAGCCUGCCCCCCCAUCCCCAGAACCCUUCCUGAAUCUUGGACUUUGCUCCUUGCCCCUUGGUGACGUGCCCAGAGGAAAAUUCCAUCCUGGGGAAGGGAGAGAGAGGAGCUGAGAGAGCCUGAUCCCAAGAAAAGCUUCUCCUGAGAGCACCUAAUUCUGGGAUCACCUGGUGCCAGAGUCACCUCAUCCCAGAACAACCUGGGCCUGACAGCACCUCAUCCCGGAAAAUUCCAGCUGGCAGAGGAGAAGCUCAUCCUGGGAUCCCCCAUCCCGUCUCCUUCUGCCAGUCCCCGGGGUCCCUCCCAGUGCAUUCAGGGUCUCCCUGUGUUGUCCCGCCAUGGCUGAGCCCUCUGGGAUUGGGAACAGCAUCCCGUUGGAUAAUCCUGGCCUGGACAUCGCUGCUGGGGAGGAAUUCCUUCAGGAAGUGUUCCAGAUCCUGCUGGAGGAGGGCGUGCGGAAGAGCACGGAUGUGACACAGAAGGUCUGUGACUGGAAGGAGCCGCAGGAGCUGCGGGAGCUGCUGGAUCUGGAGCUGCGGAACGAGGGGGAGGAGCAGGAGCGGCUCCUGCAGCGCUGCCGGGACGUGCUGCGCCUCAGCGUCCGCACUGGUCACCCCCGGUUCUUCAACCAGCUUUUCUCGGGGCUGGACCACCACGCCCUGGCCGGGCGGUUCCUCACUGAGACCCUCAAUACAAGCCCAUACACGUACGAGGUGGCCCCGGUGCUGGUGCUGAUGGAGGAGCAGGUCCUGGCCAAGCUCCGGGAGCUCGUGGGGUGGAGCAGCGGUGACGGGAUCUUCGCUCCCGGGGGCUCUAUGUCCAACACGUUGGCCAUGAACGUGGCGCGAUUCCAGCGUUUCCCAGAGAGCCGGAGCAAAGGGACCUGGGACCUGCCUCGCCUGGCCCUGUUUGCAUCCCAGGAGAGCCAUUAUUCCAUCCUAAAAGGAGCUGCUCUCCUGGGAAUUGGCACAGACAAUGUUCACCUGGUGCGGACAGACGAGAGGGGGAAGAUGAUCCCAGAAGAGCUGGAGAAGGAGAUCCAGAGGGUUAAAGCUGAGGGCUCGGAGCCCCUCUUUGUGUGUGCCACGAGUGGCACCACUGUCCUGGGCAGCUUCGACCCGCUGGACGCCAUCGCCGAUGUCUGUGCCCGCCACGGGCUGUGGCUGCAUGUGGAUGCAGCAUGGGGAGGCAGCGCCCUCCUCUCCCCCCAACUCCGUCACCUCCUUGCCGGCAUCCACAGAGCUGACUCGGUGACCUGGAACCCCCACAAGCUGUUGACGGUGGGGCUGCAGUGCUCGGCAUUCCUGCUCCAUGACAGCUCCGGGCUCCUGCAGCGCUGCCACGGCGCAGGGGCCACAUACCUGUUCCAGCGGGACAAGUUCUACGACGUGUCCCUGGACACAGGGGACAAGAGCCCCCAGUGCGGCCGCCGCGCCGACGGGCUGAAGCUCUGGGUGCUCUGGAAAGCCGUGGGGACGCAGGGGCUGGCACAGCGCGUGGAGCGGGCGUUCGCUGCCACUCGGUAUCUGCUGGAGCAGGUGAAGAGGAGGGAGGGAUUCCAGCUGGUGAUGGAGCCAGAAUUCCUCAACCUCUGCUUCUGGUUCAUCCCACCCAGCCUGAGGGGUCAGGACAGCUCCCCAGAAUUCUGGGACAAACUGGGAAAGGUGGCCCCAGCCAUCAAGGAAAAGAUGAUCCGGAGGGGCUCCAUGAUGGUGGGAUACCAACCCCAUGGAUCCCGAGUCAACUUCUUCCGGCAGAUUAUCACCAAUCCUGCUGUCACCCGCCAGGACCUGGACUUCUUCCUGGAUGAGAUCCAGGAAUUGGGAUGGGAUCUGUGAGCACUCCCAAAAAACUCCAAGAAAGACUCCAAAACGUGCCCCCCAUCCCUGAGGAAUAGGAGCAGAGCCUUGAUUUCCUCCCCACAUUGAAAAAUCAGAAACAACCCCAAAAUAUCACACUUGUGGAAUAAAAAUAAAACAACUUUUAAUGGUCCUGAUUUUAUAAUAAUUUGAUAUAACCCCACCCCAUAAAAUGGGGUUUGGGGUGUAGGGGGUUCCUCAAUUCCCCUGGAAGCUCCAGAGGAGGUUGUGCAUUCUGGGAUCAGGAUGCAGCGGCCUUGUGACUCUCCUGACAUUCUCAUGACUUCUUGAAGCUCCAGAGGUUGGAAUUUGUAUGGAAGGAGAUCUUGCAAGGGUUAGCACCUGAAAAACUCUUGGGAGGGUACCACAAAACCAGCUGCCUCCAUCCCUGAGGAAGUAGAGCAGAGCCUAGACUUCCUUCUGGAAUCUUUAUAUCAGGAAUAAAGACGGAAGUUCUUGGUGCUUGAUACCAAAAUUCCACACUCAUGGAAUAAAACAGUAUUUAAUGGUCCCAAUUCUAUAUUAAUUUGGUAUUAAUUUGGUAAUUAAAUGGGGUUUGGGGGGGUCCCUCAAUCUCUCUGGAGGCUCUGGAGGAAGUCUAGGAUUCCGGGAUCAAGCCGGGCGUGCUCAAGGCAGGAUCGCAGCCGGGACGCUGUGGCCUCCUGUCGCUCCCGCCGCCGCCACUCCCGCAGCAUCUCGAAAUUCCACAGGACGGGAUUGCCGGGAUUUUCCUCCUGGAUCUGCUCCAGCCGGCUCCGCUCCAGCCCAAGAUGCAGAAUUCCCACUUCCUGCCACUCUUUUCCCAAUCUUUGGGCGAUUUGCAUCAAAUCCUUCUCCAUCAAGCGCCGGGGAUUCACCGGUGGAGCUGGAAUCUCACCAGGACGACAUCCUGAAGUGGGGUCCCUCCUCACCUUGGAGGUGUCCCCGCUAGGUUCCCAGGGAGUUUCCUCCGGGAUUUGCUCUUCCAGGGGCAGCUGGAAGUUCUGGAUGAGGUCGAGGCGGCCGAGCUGCCGCAGGAUCCCUGCGGUCACACGCAGGGAAUUCCCCGGGAAGCGCUGGAGGAGGAUCCGGCACAAGUCGGGGCGUGAUGCCGGGUGCAGAAGCCCGGCAGGAAUUUGCCCUUCUAGCAGGAACUUCAGACUAUGGAAUUGCUCGUC